GAUAGUGCCAGCACCAACAAACCAGAAACAAUUGACGCAAAACAAUUUCAGACAGAAGAGUGGAAUUAAUUAAUCCAGAAAUGGAAUCGGACAAAAUCAAACAGAAAUAUUCUGUUGUAUUUCGCUGCACGGUGACCAAAUGCUCAUACACAACAAAGCGACUCUUCAACCUGCAACGCCAUGCGAAAACGCACACAAAAGAGCAUUGGCGCUCCAAGAGAUUCCCUUGUCCCUGUUGCGCUUAUGCUGCUGCAACUCGAGCACAUCUCCGACGACACAUGGCGAACAAGCAUCCAACGGAAGACAUCUCAGCUCACGAUCUAACUGUCCUUUCCUACGAGGAAGUGGAACAAAUGGAGCGCAAGCAUGAGGAGUCACAAGUCAAGGAAGAGAAAUCCGAGUUCAUCGAGGGUCCCGUUACAGUGCUGCAAAUGGUCACUCCGCUAAGUCCGCAGACGGAACCGUUACCGGGUGAAAUGUACUGCAAUGUCACGUUGGAGGGCGAAGCAUUCAGACUGAUUCCAGUGGCCUUGCUUCCCGCCGAAGAAGUCAAAGCUGAGCUUUAACAAGGACAGAGAUAGGCGUCCUCUGCCAUCCAAUAAAUAAGGAAAAUCGAUCCUUGCAGCUUUGUAGGCCACAAUACUGAAGUCUGAAACUUGGAGCAUUAAUCAACUGCGGCAACCGUUAUUUGUGCAGAUGUAACUAGUCACGACAUGGGAAAGUCGGAAUAAAACCAUCCGGAAUAGGAGACUCAUGUCAGGAUUUCUGAAGAGGUUGGGAUUACAACAUGGUGCAAGUUGUCUCUAAAAGAUCACCAAUCAUUUUAAAGUGAAUGGGAAAAUAUAAAAUUGGAAGUAAAAUUAUUCCAAAACCAUAAAGAGGAAUAUUCAACUAAUUCAAAGACAUAAAUAAAUGAAUUCUGUGUAAAAAUUAUAUUUAUUGUCCUCUAGUUAAUCUAUUAAUGUAUCUGACAAUUGCUUUGUUAAUAUGAUUUGCGAAUUAAGUUUAAUUUAUUAA